AUGAUCCCAGGCCUUGGCCUCCUCAGCUUGCUCUCCAUCUACAUCGAGCCCACCAUCUCAUGGGGAGCAUCAUCAUCCUCGCCUCGCAUGUGGAAAGAGAUCACAUACGAGGAGGAAAGACAGACCAUUGACUCUCUCGCGAAAAUCACCAAAGAAAUUGUACCCCGAACACGGGGUUGUACCGCUGACAAUCAGAUGGCCAUCGCCAUGGCAAAACUCCACCUCGAGCAAUGGCUCAACUAUACCCUGAUUACUCGCGGCCUCCAAGCCGCGGACGGAUCCCAGAUUUCAGUCCGCCCUAUCGCUGGCAAGCUACCAGGAGCACCGGAGUGGGAAAAUCUCAACCAGACGGAGGCACUCUGGUUGCAAACUUUGUACUUUGGAAACAUGACGAGCCCAAGCAUCGAAGAAAAUGCCGUCAGCGGUGAGUGCAUUACCGACAGCAAUGUUCGAAAUGAGAGCUGA